AUGUCUUUCAAGCUCUCCACUGCCAUUGUUCUCGGUCUCAUUGCCUCCCUGUCUGCCGUCUCUGCCCAACAGACAUGUAAUGCCACCACGCAGUGUGGAACGGCUGCCCCGUGCUGCAGCGAGUUCGGGUUCUGCGGCACCGACAGCUUCUGCCUCGGCGGCUGCAACCCCCUUUGGUCGAAAUCGCUCACGUCCUGCAUGCCGGAGCCCGUCUGCCAGAGUGCCAACCUUACGUUCACCGACUUCUCGCGCGUCCUCUCCAACGCCACGUACUUUGACGGCAACGCGACAAAAUACGACUGGAUCGUGAACUCGGGCACUCUCCUCAACUCCACAACUGGCGAGGCCGCGCUAAUCCUCACUGAAACCAACGGUGGUUCCCGUAUCUCCUCCACCCGCUACGUCCACUAUGGAACCAUUACAGCCAGGCUCAAGACUGGUCGCUGGGCGGGUGUCGUGACCGCGUUCAUCACCAUGUCCGAUAUUAAGGACGAGAUCGACUGGGAGUUCCCUGGUACCCAAACCACUGAGGGCCAGUCGAACUUCUUCUGGCAAGGCUAUGUCCCCAACCCGAACGAUGGUGCCACCCAUGGCAACCUGACCGACACCUUCAGCAACUAUCACGACUACACCAUUGACUGGCAACAGGACACCCUCACCUGGCUCAUCGACGGCAAUGCCGUCCGCACCCUCAAGCGCUCGGACGUGACUGGCUCCGACGGCGUCUCGCACUACCCCUCCACCCCGUCCCGGGUGCAGCUCUCCGUCUGGCCUGCCGGCAUCUCUCAGUCCGCCCAGGGCACGAUCGACUGGUCCGGCGGGCUCAUCAACUUCGACGACCCGGACUACAAGGCCGCCGGCCACUUCUACGCCCUCGUCGAGUCCGUCUCCAUCACCUGCGCCGACUCCAAGUCGAACCCCGCCGGCGCGACCUCGUACGUCUUCGGCACCAACACCUCGUCGUUCAACCCCCAGGUCGCCGUCACGAACGAGACGACCGUGAACGGCGCCGGCUCGCUCCGCGCCCUGUCCGCGGGUGCAAGCGUCUGGAGCGCGCUCGUCGCUGGCGCCGCCCUCGCGCUCGGCGCCGUCCUCGUUUGA